AUGUCCAAGCGACGGCAUCAGCCCACAAGCGUGGCGGACAAACGCGCGCAUCUGGGCGAUGACAUGGGCGGCAGCAGCGGCAGCGGCGGUGCUGGUGAUGAUGCCCAGGAUGGUCGCGCGGACCGCUGUGUGGUGUGCCAGGACGUGGUCAAGUUUGGCAAGGACCACUGCAAGUCGUGCUACGGCAUCCUGUACAAGUACAUCAAGGCGUCCAUUCGACAGAUGCUUGUGGAAGGCGUCCCCCUGCCUCUGAACAAGCUGCGCUCGUACACGGAGGUGAUGGCUGCGUUUCAUCACGCGCUGAAGCAGCUCAAAGGGUUCAACCCGCGUGCGUGCCGCACCGGCCGUGAGGACUGCUCCGACGAACAGUUUGCGUACAACACACCCGCGCGGGUCAAGUGCACGCGCUGCCGCGUAAUGGCGUGCGUGGACAGGCUGCCCGUUGUUGGCGCCAACCUGGUGCGGCUCAACUACCGCAAGCUGAGCGCAGAUGAGUCACCAGCAUCCCGCUCAGAUAUGGCUGCGUUCCCGCGCACGCAGUUGUUCACCGCAACCCCACAACAGCAGCAGCAGCCACAGCCACAGCCGCAGUCCAUGCAGCCGCAAGAGAUGAUGCAGCAGGUAGCUCCUCAAUUUCAGCAGCUUCCGCCACAUUGUAUUCCGCCACAGCCCGAACUGCGCCAAUCAUCACAGCCACAACAACUACAACAACAGCGGCAGCAACUACAACAACAACAACAGCAGCAGCAGCAAUUACAACAACAACAGCAGCAAUUACAACGCCACGCUUCUACGGCGCGAUUUCAGCCGCAGCCUCAACACCAACAACCACAGCACCGACAACGACGACAGCAGCAGCAGCAGCAUGCGUAUGAUGAUGUUAGCCUCUCUGAGUUGGCGCACAACGUCACGCCAGCACCAAUGCACCACUCGUAUGGCAUUGAACAGCACCAGCAGCAACAGCAAGCGCAGGUGAUGCAGCGGGGAGAUGCACAACCGCUCGGUGCGCAGCAACGUCUGCAGCAAACGUCGUCCGUGUCCAAUGCAGACGUGAGGGGAGGUGCCAUCAGCCGUAGUGGUAGCGGCGGUGGUGGUGGCGGCGCUGAUAUUGAGAUGAUUCCGACACAGGCCGGCACGGUGCAGAGCCACCUCUCCCUGCAGCAGCAACACCCGGCCACGUCCCUUGACGCUGGUGGGCAUCGUGGUGGUGGUGGUGGUGGCUGCAGCAGGAGCAGCGGUCGCGGUGGUGGUGGUGAUGCCGGCAUGCUUCCACGCCACGCACACGCAGUUGCACCACAACACGGCGCUGGAGACGGUGGGGACAGCACCACCACGGACAGCUUCGACCACGACCACGACUUUGGCUAUGACGAGCAGCAGCAGCACGUCGAUCUGGGGCACGAUGAUGAAGAUGCUGGUGGGAUGGAGGCCGAGCCCAUGGCGGCUCGUGGCGUGUUUGCAGGAGCUGCCACAGGGCGAGGUGCCAGCAGCAGCACCACCGCCACCACCACCACCACCACCAACAUUGCCCCUCGCAGUGGUGUGGAGAUGCGUGGCGGUGGUGGUACUGGUGGCAGCGGCUUCGUGCGCGAGCACAACCUGCUGCGGGGCCGGGCGGGGAGACGCGCUGCCUUGCGCACAGGCGCCUCCAUGGCCACGCCGGCAGCUGCCACCGCCCAUGGCACGGAUGACCAUGGUGGUGAUGAUGCAGACGGUGGUGGUGACGGUGGUGAUGGAUACCAGGUGCUGGCUGUUGUGCCUGCAGGCUUUGGCAGCGAAGGGUUUCUCACGCCCGUGCAAGCUGGCACGCUGCAAGGCAUGGGCAUACAGUCUGAUACGCGCGUACAGGGCAGUGGCGGAAGCAUUGGCGUUGAUAACGGAAGUGCCGUUGCGGCAGGGCAGCACCCCUAUGGGCAUACCGAAGCAUCAGCACUGGUAGUGUCAUCAUCAUCGUCGUCGUCGUCGUUGUCCACGCUUCCCACGUCGUGCGUGACAUCACAGCCUGGCCGUGCAGCUGCUUCCUCCACCACUGCAGGGCUACCGCAACAACAACAGCAAGAGCAGCGAGGGAAGCAGCCCAUGGCAGCCGACACUGCAUCGACAAUACGCCCUCUGCAAGCAGGCGCCGGCAGCGGUGACGGUGGUUGCGAGGGUGGCGACCUUCAGCAGCAACAACAACAACAACAACAGCAGCAGCAGCAGCAGCAGCAGCAGCAGAGCGGUGGCGGUGGCCUCCCCCAUGGCGGACGCGGUGCCACUGGCCGUGGUCGUCGUGGCAGCCGUGAAGGCAACGCUGACGGCGUGGUCAGGCGGGGUCACGGCACGAGCGCCAGCCUAUCGCCCGAGUUUCGCGAGCAUGUGAUUCCUGUCGUUAGAACUACAUGCAGCGGCGACGACGGCGGUGCUGAUCAACGUGACAGCGACAACACCCCGCAUGAUCGCAAUCGUGAUCGUGGUGGUGGUGACAAUGACGACGAUGACGAUGAUGCUGAUGAUGAUGGUAGCAACAGCCUACAGACUGCUGGGCGUGGGGGCAGCAGUGGGGGCGGCAGCGGGGGCGGCGAACAUGGCACAAACUGA